GAGAGACGAGGGAAUGAUGAGGUGGUGAGAAAGCACAUGGGAUGGGAGAGGAACAGCAAAACCUUGGAUCCAAAAAAGUUCCCAUUUUUAUUUUUUAUUUAUUUUUAUUUUCCUAUAUUUUCUCACUUACUUUCUCGUUUCCCAAACAAAAAAAAAAAAAAGAAAAAAAAAGAAAAAGGCAGCAAUAUAUUUUCUUGGUUUUUAUUUAUCUUCCUCUUUCGCAUUACACUACCCUAUCCUCCUCCCUAUCCACCUUUUCCGUCUUAAGUCCCUUACAAAACCUCUUAAUAGUCCCCGAGAAAGUGACAGAAAGAGAGAGAAAUUUUUAGAGAGAGAGAGUGAGGCACUUGCAUUUGCUUCUCUUUGUAGGAUUUGGUUUCUCUUUUUGUUGUUUUUGAUCAGGCAAUGGGAGCUCGUUGCUCCAAAUUCUCUCUUUGCUUCUGGCCUUCUAAUAUCAAAUCGAAUAUCAAUGAUUCCUCUGAUAUCGAGAAUGGGAGCAAUAACGAGAAAGACUCAUUGCCUGGAUUUAGCGAGUUCAGCUUGGACCAGCUCAGAGCGGCUACUUCUGGAUUUUCGUCGGAGAACAUUGUGUCGGAGCACGGUGAGAAAGCUCCUAAUGUUGUGUACAAAGGCAAGCUCGAAGACGAUCGGUGGAUCGCCGUGAAGCGGUUCAACAAGUCGGCCUGGCCCGAUACUCGGCAAUUCCUGGAGGAAGCCAGAGCUGUCGGACUGCUAAGAAGUGAGCGGUUAGCGAAUUUGAUUGGUUGUUGCUGCGAUGGCGAUGAGAGACUGCUAGUUGCGGAGUUUAUGCCUAAUGAGACUCUCUCCAAGCAUCUUUUCCAUUGGGAAAACCAGCCGAUGAAAUGGGCAAUGAGGCUGCGAGUGGCUUUGUAUCUGGCACAAGCUUUGGAAUACUGCAGCAGUAAAGGGCGAGGAUUAUAUCACGACCUUAAUGCAUAUAGGAUCUUGUUCGAUCAGGAUGGUAAUCCCAGACUCUCCUGCUUUGGUCUUAUGAAAAAUAGUAGAGAUGGCAAGAGCUAUAGUACUAACCUGGCCUUCACCCCUCCAGAAUAUUUAAGGACUGGAAGAGUGACACCAGAAAGUGUGGUUUACAGUUUUGGCACCCUAUUGCUUGAUCUACUAAGUGGCAAACAUAUACCUCCCAGUCAUGCACUUGACCUCAUACGUGGCAAAAAUUUUUUGAUGCUGAUGGACUCAUGCUUGGAAGGUCAUUUCUCAAACGAUGAUGGAACUGAACUCGUACGGUUAGCUUCACGGUGUUUACAAUAUGAACCUCGUGAGAGGCCAAAUGCCAAGUCUCUUGUCAUUGCUCUCUCUCCUCUUCAAAAAGAAUCCGAGCAGGUUCCAUCAUACGUUUUAAUGGGCAUUCCACAUGGAAACACACCCCAAAAGCAAACACAACUGUCACCUCUUGGUGAAGCUUGCUCAAGAUUAGAUCUUACUGCAAUUCAUGAAAUAUUGGAGAAGGUCGGAUACAAGGAUGAUGAGGGAGUUGCAAAUGAGCUUUCUUUCCAAAUGUGGACAAAUCAAAUACAAGAGACACUGAAUUCUAAGAAGCAUGGAGAUACUGCAUUUCGAGCUAAAGACUUCAUGACUGCCAUAGAUUCUUACACUCAAUUCAUUGAUGGUGGGACCAUGAUAUCACCGACUGUGUUUGCGAGGCGUUGCUUGUGUUACUUGAUGAGUGACAUGCCACAAGCAGCGCUUGGGGAUGCAAUGCAAGCCCAAGUGGUAAACCCUGAGUGGCCUACUGCUUUCUAUCUUCAGGCGGCUGCUUUGAAGAGCCUGGGGAUGGAAAACGAUGCACUGGAAAUUCUAAAAGAUGGUGUAUCCUUGGAAAGCAAAAAGCAUAGAAACUGAAAGUGUAUAGAUUAUUUUUUUGUUUUGUUUUGUUUCCUUUUCCGCCCUCUUUCAUUUUAGUUCUGUAUCUAAAUCUGUCCAUUCCCUCUUUGGCAUUCAAGGUUAUGCAUCAGCAAAGCAUCAAUUAUAACAAACUUUAUGCUGGUCUUGGUGUAUCUUUUCAAUUGUCUUGAUCUAUAGGAGCGUUUGUACCAUUAACAGAACAGGAGCUGCAACAUUUUCUAGUGUAUCCUCAGCCAUAUUGGAUUAGUGAUGAUAUAUCAUUAUAUGAUAUCAAUUAUGAGUUUCGUAUUCCACAA